UAACGUUGUCGGUAAAGAUGGCCCGCUCGUCGCCACUGACAGCUCGCCUUCGCUCUUUUCUGGCGCUUAUCUGUUAAGGCACCGCCGCAUCCACGCGGAAGUCGUCAUCAAUGAUUAACCGGUCACUGCCAUUACGUACCGAAAUGCAGAACACCUUUUGCGGCACAUCGUCGAGUCGAGCGUCACAUUGAACUUUUAUGCAACUAACAGCCUUUUGCAUUUAUGGCUUCUUGCGUUCGAAGGCAAUGUUGUUUCGUUAGUCGUCUGCGCGCUCGGUGCAGAGGACGGCGUCAGAAAAGCUUGCCGUACGAAAACCGAGCGCAAGGCUUCAUGCUGCCUCCUUUUUCUUCUUUCCUCCUUACUGCCGAUUCUGCCACUGAAGAAACGCCCGGAAAUGACCCUGUACAUUCCUGUUAAUAAGCAAGAAUCUCAAGCUGCUGAUGUGGCUGAUGUGCAUGAGCACAGACUGGAGGACGACAAGGCAUCAGUGGGUAAUCAUGGCACUGGGGCUGGACUACCCUUUGCCUGGCGGGCGUCCCUGUUCGCCAAAGGCCACGGCAUCGCCACCAGGCUCUCCUGCAGCCUUUAUGGAACAGCAGCGACACCGUUGCUCAGCCAAUGAGCACAUCGAAUCAGCUGAGAUAACAUGGACAUGUUCCUGAAUAUUUCAUCGCGACACAUAACAGAUGGUAAAGGGGUGGUGAUGGGAACGCUUCUGGUAACUCCAAACAACGUGAUGUUUGUACCCAACGUGUCUGAUCCACUCGUCAUGGAGCAUGGAUCGGAAUGCUACGAAGUGACUGCCCCCAUGGACAUGGUGGUGGCCGCAGCCAUCUACAACGACAUUACGCACAUGCAUGUUCGUGACACGCCUGAUGCUGCUGCCGGUAUUCAGUGGGAAGAACCAUACCAGCCUGCCCAUCACCGGCUGCCCCCCAAAGGCCAGGCUAGUGUCAGUGAGAAGAUGUCGGAGCCAGUCAAGUCUUCGCAAGAAUAUACUACCGAAGCAUCUCCUGUUCCUUCAACGCAAGGUGCUAAUGAAAAGCCUUCCUCAGACUUGUCUUGCACUGAGCAAAUUCUUGAAGCCAGACCUGGUCAGAUGGCGAGCACCGAGAAUAAAGUGAUCAUCAUUUCUCAAUUCAAGAAACAGGAGGAAGGCCUGCCCUCUAAUUGUCGAGUCAACAGUAAAAUGACAGAGCCAAAUGUCCAGACUCUGAACAGAGCUCCUGCAACAGUGUCUUCAAAUGUGUGUGUGCCAGAGUGCAAGCCACCAAAAGAAGUGCAUGAUACAUUCAGUGCAGACACUGUUGUGAAGUCAAACAGUCUAGAACAAGAACAGCAACAAGACACGAAGCAAACCUUGCUGUUGGGAAGUGAUGUGCAGAAGCCAAAAGCAGUUGUAGAGUCUACUGAGCAGAGCGAUGCACAAUUAAGAAGCAGUGACAAGUUCACAUCAAAAAAGGGCCCGUAUUCUGAGCCACAUAACGAAGAAGUGUGUGCACUACAAGCAAAUAAAUAUUCUAGUUUGGAAGCAACAACUACCCUGCUUGGUAAAGUAGAGCUUGGAGUCAGAAGCAGUGCUGCAAAAAAACUAGCUGCAGAUGUAGGACCAGUUCCAGAUGCCUGCAAAAAAACUGCGAAGGCGUCAGCUGAGGUGAGCAAGCAGCUGGAAGCUGCCGCUGGUGAAGCGGGCACCGGGGAGUCUAAUAAUGUUGUGCCUCUUGUUACUCAGCUUGAAGUCGAAUUAUCUUCUGCAACUGUCCAGGUGGUGAAAGACGACCGGGCUGGUGACAAGCUUGCAACCAAGCACAUAGAAACUCUGACGAACCUUCAGGAAAGGUUGCCGACCGAUUCAGCAACACCGCAAAAGAUUCUAGCUAUGGAAGAGAGUGCAGCAGCCAAGGAGAUAGAAAGGGAGACUGCUGAUGAGUACUUGUUAAAGCCUAUCAACAGGGCGUCGGAGUCUCAGCCAACAGUGCGUGGGGAGCCGAACAGUGGUGGUUGCUGGGAAAAGGAAUCCACACUCCCGCCACUGUCAUUGGGUGGAAAGAGCUUACCCGAGCCAUCGUGCCUCUCCUGCAUGCCGAGUUCAACGCUUGAACUAAGCUCGACAAACCAUGUGCCAGCCACAGAACUGUCCAGAGUUGCCUCGACUGAGAGUAUCCCUGUAUGCAUGAGGGAGUGGGCUUCAGUGGAUGAUGGCGUUCCUUCUGACAGGUCCCAGGAGCCUGCACAUGAGCAGGUACUCAAGGAGCUCUCGAGUCCAGUGGAGUUAAUAUCCUUGAGCACACACUCCAUCUCCAAGACGAUUGCAUCAUCGCCUAAAUUAGAAGCCAAUUUUCUGCACAGUGUUGAUGAUCCUGUGCCAUUGACACCUACACUGCAGUUGCAGACCCAGCAGCUGGCAGCGGAUGAAAAGAGGCCCUCUUUGCAAACUGGAAAUGCCAAUGUCUGGCUCAAGAACAUGGUUGAGGAAAAGCCCGAGCUGUUUGCAGCAUUUGAUAAGCUGGUUCCUCGGCUAGCACAAUCAUCAGAGGCUACACUGUUGUACUUGUGCCUACGCAUGGGAAGACCCCUGCACAAGAAUCAGUGCUCUGCCACUGCCUCCUCCAAGCGCUGCAUACGGUCUCAGUACUGGUUCGGUAUCCCACGAAAUAGAGCAGAUGAGCUGUACUACUUUUUGGAAAAAUGGGCACCUUCGGUGUAUGGUGACGUGCAUCGAGUGGACAUGGCCAGUCGUGGAUUUGAGCCAUUACUCGAGCCUGCGGAUGAGGACGAGGCUGAGAUGCACACUGUCCAAAGCCAUAUUUUGGGUACGAUCAGCCGUCAAGGAGGACAGGACACUCCUGACAUGAGCAGCAGCAGUAAGGGUCACCAUGGUUCUAAAAAAGGCCACGGUGGCGCUCUGCGCUUCUUCAAGCUUUUUGGCAGUGGCACGACACCGCCUGAAGCUGCUGCAGCCUCCCCGAGUGACUGGGAGGUGGCAUUGGGGAGUGAAACACGCAAGGUAUCUCCAAUAGACCUGACUGACCUUCCUUUGCCCGAGUUACUCGAUUCCACGGAAAUAUUUACUGAGGAGCACCGUCGAGAGCUGUGCAAGCACCUUCCAGCACGUGCGGAAAGUUACUCCUGGGCGCUUGUGUACAGUACGCUGAAACAUGGCUUCAGCCUCAAGACACUUUACCGCGAGAUGCUCAAGACUGAAUCACCUAUUCUGCUUACGGUCUUGGACACUGAAGGCGCUGUUUUUGGCGUUCUAACAUCGUGUUCCCUAAGGAUGUGUGAGCACUUCUAUGGCACUGGAGAAUCAUUUCUGUUUACCUUCCACCCAGAGUUCAAGCUGUACAAAUGGACCGGUGAAAAUGUCUACUUCAUCAAAGGCAAUGCUGAUUUUCUGGCUUUCGGUGCUGGAGAUGGAGAUUUGGGACUGUGGCUAGACGGCGACCUGUUCCAUGGGAGGAGUCGUCGGUGCAAGACUUACGAUAACGACGUGCUCUCUACAAAGGAAGACUUUGUAGUCAAAGCAAUCGAGGCCUGGGGCUUUGUCUGAACCGCAGGUCGGCAACCAGAGCGUGCCGACAUGCUUCCACCUCCCAUCUCGCAACUCUGAGAGCAGAGGGACAAGAGCCAAGUAAAAGGCAUCCUUCCCCGCCGUCAAAAAGCAUUCAACGUGAUUAUUUAUUUAUUUAUUAAAAUAUUUAUUUACAUUUAAUUAAAUUCACACAAUAUUUAAGCCAACUAGCCCACUUGUUGAUUUUCAUUUCGCCAGACUGGUAUCUACUGUUGCUUUUCCCUUUGCGUUUGCUGCCACCCUGGCUCUGUAAUUUUAGCUGUGGCCAGUUAUAUAUUCUUUCGAGGGUUAACGAGAAGUAGACUCCUAUUUGUAAUCUAGGAUUGCCAUUUGGGAUCCACAUAGGUGUUGUCGGAGUAAUAGGUAACGACUUCAGGUGUUGUAUCGCGUGUCACUGCAAUAUGUGAGACAAUUGAAAAACGAGAGUGUAAAAUGCAGUGUUAGGCAAAAACAACGUUUAGACCGCUCAUUUUGAUAAGAAUAAAACGGUUUUGCAACAUCAAA